CUGUCCCUCUCACAACUGUUUCUCUUUCUGUCUCUGUUUUUCUCUCUCUCCAAACGGAGACUCUGUUGGAGAGUGUUCUCUUGUCAACCUCAAUCUUUAACCCUAACCCUCCACCCUCGUUCUCGAUUCAUCCUGUAGGAAACGAUGGCGUUGAAGUUUAAACAUUGAAAUUGGUCAAAUGUUUUUGCAGAUUUUAUGCCGCAAUUAAGGUUGAGCAAUUUCAGUAAGAAUCACAGGUUUUUGUUUAGUGUAAUUCAGAAUGAAAAAUUCAAUGUUGUAAUGAUGUCAUACACUGCUACAUACGUUAUUGACUGAUUGAAGGUGUGAAAAGGAGCUUUCCAAUCAGCCCAAUGGGAGACUCCUUAUGUCUGUUUUGUUCAAGAAAGAAGUUGGAGCCAAAGGUCAUUAUCACUACUAAAAAUCAGCCUGCGGAUUCUUUAUCAAAGGGUUUCUCUCAGAAGACUUUACAAGGUGUGACUUCAACGAAACAUGGGUUAAUUGGAAAUGGGGUUGUUGGUGAUAUAGGACUCUUUAUAGUAAAAACUGCAGCCCUUGAGAUUGUACGGAGGUACACAUGCGCCAAGUGUCCUGUUGUUUGGCGUCGCCUUCAGGCAUUGCAAGUUCUCUGCUAUCCACCAUUUAAGUGGAUCGAAAGAUGGACACCCUUUAAAGCUUUGGUUAAAUACAUGCAGAGUUUGUCAAAGCCAUUACUAGUCCUCACAAUUGCUACAGUUUUCUCUGAUCAACCGGCGUGUACAACAAAAAAAGUGGAUAGUUCACAUGAUUCUCAAACAUAUUCUGAAUCACAACAGGAGACAUCUUCACAAUUGCCAACUUCAGACUCAAGGUCUUGUGAUGCAGUCCCUGAAAGUUUAUCUACCGAAAAUUGGUUGCAACAAUUCCACAAAGAGCUUGAGAAGCUGGGUAUUACUUUACCAGAAAGGCUUAAUGAUGAUGAGCUUCAUAGAUUUUACACUGCUGCAAAUGGUGAGUUUUCAAGGUUGCUAUCAUCAAUCAAGAAGACAAUUCAUUGGAGGCAGACUUUUACUUUUCUUUCACCACAAGAGCUUGAGUCUUGGUCGCAUUUGGUCUUUUGGCAUGGAUAUGAUGUACAGCUACGGCCUUGCCUCAUUAUUCGACUAGGUCUUGCUUGCUCUAGCUUGAGAUCCAACAACAGACCUAUCUUCACUAAAGCAGUUGUUUCCCAGGUAGAGCAUGGGGUAAUGCACUUGGUUAAUGUCAAAAAUCCUCAAAUUACAGUUUUGAUGGAUUGUGAAGGAUUAUCUCCUUCUGGAUUCCCCAUGCAAAUGUUGAGAUCUUGUGCUCUCCUUUUGCAAGAUCAUUACCCAAACCGUCUUGGCUAUUUGAUUAUCAUACAGCUUCCUACAGUUGCCCAAGUGAUUACACAAACUUUGUUUCAAGUUAUGCGACCCACCACACAGCAAAAAUUUCGGAUUGUUGGAGAAAACUACCAGAAGGUUCUCUGGGAGUACCUUCAGGCACUCCCUUCCUUUCUUGGCGGUAAGUAUUAUUGCCUAAAAUGUUCAGACCAAGUUGUCACGCACAAUAUGAAUGAAGAGAUCGUUCUGAUGAGAGCAAGUGGGCGUCUUGCAAAUAAUGAGAAUGUGCCUUCACCGGCAUCACGUCAUCUUACUGGGAACAGGGUGAAUCAGGGCAGCGAUCAAAUAAUGAGGAUUGUGAUUAUCAGCAUCCUCAUGAUGUGUAUAUUUAUCGCUUUUGUUUUGGCAAAGCAAUACCCAGAUUAUCUCUCUUUGUUGAAAUGGCACAGUGGUCCAUGAGCGAGUUCUCUUUGUUUAUGUGGAGGCUAGUUGUUCGUGACCCAGACUGGUGGUUGACUUUGUAUAGCUGAAUCGGUUUGGGUCUUUCCUCCAGUAAGCCUGUUUUAACUUUUUUCUGUUGACAACUGAAACAAAUUGUGGUCUUUUUCAUGAUCACGGAGAGAAGAAUAAAAGGUUUAAUGGUGAUAGCAUCAGCUGUAUAUUUUGUGGUUA